AUGACCGUGCUUAUCUCUGGACAAUUCCUUCGUCCUACUGUCCGUUACUUCUCCGUCCGCCGCCCUCAACCAGUGACUCGCGCCUCGCGUGCCGUCACCAUGUUCUGUCUAGUGUCGGCCGUUGUGAUCCCUUUCAUCCCUCCUGCCAUCGAGAGUUCUCGUGAAAAGAGAAAAGGCUAUCCCAAUCACAACAAGCCCCUUCCUCCACUCUGCUUCCAUGCCCGCUAG